AUGACGUUGACGAGAUUCCAGAUACGGAACGAGUACGGAUUGGCGGAUAAGGAGCUGUACCAAGCCGCCGAUAAGGAAGAUCCUGAAGCUUUGCUCGAAGGUGCAUCCAUGGCUGGACUCGUCGGCGUUUUGCGCCAGCUUGGCGACCUCGCCGAGUUUGCUGCUGAGGUAUUCCGUUGCCUGCAUGAAGAACUAAUGACAAGUGCAGCAAGAGGGCAUGGUUUGGCAAUGCGUCUCCAACAGCUUGAAACAGAGUUUCCUUCGAUUGAGAUACCCAUUCUGUCUCAAACCGAUCAUUCAACUUUCUUUUAUGAUCCAGGCAAGUCAUCUUAUUCUGGCUAUAAUAAAGGCUACAAGAGCUGUAUAAACUGUUAUGGAGUCUUAUUCUUGCUUUCAGGCUUGGGAUGGCAUCCUAAUCUGCAAACACAAGAAAACCUGAUUUCCCCACGCAACUUGCCUCGUUGUAUCAUGGAUUCAUAUGAGGAAUGCCGUGGUCCGCCGCAGCUCUUCCUUCUUGACAAGUUUGAUGUUGUUGGGUCUGGAUCAUGCUUGAAGCGUUACUCUGAUCCAUCUUUGUUGAAGACGCAUACUGGACUAGCAGUAGUAGCAACAUCAAAACUCAGCAAAGAUGAGAGACCACGUAAACCAAAGAAGAAAGUAUCACACACAAUUAGUGGAGAGACACCAGGGGAUUCAAGAACAUCACAUGCCAAGUUGCAUCAGCUAUUCUUAUUGGAGCAUGUUGAGAACGGACAUAGAAAUCCUGAAUUCCAUGUGAAAUUGAAGAGAAGACAGCUGAACGGACCUCCAAGUAACUCAAGCUAUGGGACAGGUUACAUGGAGAAAUUCCUCAAGAACUCUUCGCCAUACUGCGAAAGAGUUCAUGGGACUCUGGAUCAGUCAUCUCCGGCAAUGGAAACUGAAGUUACAGUAUGCAGCGUACAAGAAGACUUACCAAUACCUUCCCUGGUUUAUUCAAACUGUGAAGACACUAGAAAAUACAAUAAGAUGGAGGUUCCUCAGGAGAUUACGGUAAAUGAGAGGUCUUUACCCAAUAUAGAAGGAGGACCAGCGAUUUGUUUAGAAAGAAGCUCUUCUGUGAAUGUUUCUUGCAAUGCUAACAAUGAUACAACAGACUCAGAAGCAAAGAAAGCAGACAUUGAUGACAAGGCUUGCUGUAACCUUGAAUUUCCGGGAUUUGGACAGACACAGAUGAUCUGUACUAAUGCAGUCGUGACUGAAACAGAGGUUGUGGCUCAGAAUUCUAAUGUUUUGCACCACUCAACGGAGGAAGGAGAAUCUAGUCCUUUAAGAUCUUCUCCUGGAAGUAAACUACAUAAAGCUGAAGGGUCUGCUGCAAAAAUAGACAUGCCAUUUUCUCAGAUGACACCAGAGAUAGAUUCUGCAGGCAUGGAGACUCUAGAGGUCGAACAAACACCUUUCAGUUUGUCUUGUAACGAGAAUCCUCUAAAUCUUUCCAAAGAUUCUGGAAGUAGCUUAGAGCUUAAGUACAAUAAAGAAAAUGCUGAUGAAAUUGGGUUGAAAUCAUCAGAAGCUUGUGAAGUCUUUGAAGUCAGAAGAGAUCCUAUGGUUAACAUUUCCCCUGAAGCUCAACCAGAGAAUCUGUCAAAGCUUACACAAGUGCCACUGGACGCAUCUGAAAACGGGACCAGAGUUCUUCUUACAAAUUACGUUGAAGAUCAUCAUUCUCAACAUGUUUUCAAUGUGGAGACAGACUCUGAGAUAUCUUUAAGUGGUUUAGUUGAAGACCAGUUUUCAUCCAUUGAGGCUCUGGAACCCGAGAACAUUUCUUCUGAAGCUGAUCUUUCCAUUCCUGAUAGCAAAAGCAGUUUACAGGAAAUACCAGCGGCGUUGGAGUCCGAUUGUCUUCUUCCAAACCAAGAUAUUAGCACAUUUGACAACUUUGAAGAUUUGUCUCUAGCUGCUGUCUCAAAAGAAGACGAAACCAACUCACAAGACGGAUCUUCCAUGAAUAUUGAACAAUCUGGACACAUUUCAACAUUUGAAAUCAGUUCAGAGAAUGGAUCUCUGAUGUCAGAUACUCCAAGAGAUCUUCACAGAGGAAACGAGAACCUCUCGGUCUCAUCUUGGCAGGAAGAAGCAUUGGCCAACCCUGACUUGGCUGAGACACCAUCAUAUCCGGGACAGGAGGAUCCAGAACCCAUGUCUAUUGUUGCAGAUGAUAAUGGUGUGCCAGAGGUACCAAUGCUUGAUACUCAAAGACAUGGUACUUGUUUUACAGGUGAUGUCGAUCACGAGAACCAGAUUGGCCUGAAUAAUAAGGACAGUGAGACCGUCCACGAAAUAGACUUGGAAAAUAUUAAUGAUCCCCAAGAGAGUCUUUUAGGUACUCAAGAAUGCCUGUCACCGGAGUAUUGCAUGCCGACACAGGACCAAGAGCAAGAGAGUUUAUCCGAAACCGGGUCAGCAAAUCCAAUAACAGCAUCACCUGAGCCUCUUCCUUGCCUAGUCUCUACACAAGAUGUACUUGUUGGUGUUCAGGGUUCACCUUCAGAGGAAACAUUAACAUGCGACGAAAAGCUUUUCCCUACAAGCGUAACUGAAAUAGAAGCUCUACAUGCACCACUCCAGGAAAUUUUCACACCAUUGAAUGGUAAUAUCUCUGAGUCUGCUCUUUCCAUGGAUCUGACUGAUCAAGAAAAUCGCUUGGAAGUGUCCCCUGAAUCUAUGGUUGCCUUCUCCACGUCACUCCAUGAAACACCUCACGAAGCUCCAGAGAUAACACCUCCGCUUCCGCCUCUUCCUCCGACACAAUGGUGGAUGGGAAAGCUGGUUGAAACCGAAACCCAGUUCUCUCCAGUGGCAUCACUUGGAGACAGUGGAAACAACAGUUUCUACACUCAUAGGGAUGAAAACACACAGAAUGGAUCAGUUCAAGUGACCGAUACACAAUAUCCAUCGGAAGCGUCAGUGGAAGCCGUGUCGACUGCUGCACAGAUUUCUCUGAGUGAACCAUCUGAAGCAACCGAGGAACAGUCUUUUCCAGCAGUAAAUGGAACGAGCGACAGCUAUAUGCAUAAAGAUGAAAGUACACUGAAGAAGGAAUCAUUUGCUUCUGUAUCACUGCUCACAGCUGAAGCUACACUAGAGGCAGAAUCAGCAGACUGGAGGACUGAAGCAAUGGCGCUUGAGUGGUUUAGUCAGAACUUAAGAGAGCAUACCAAUCCUAACCCGGCAAGGUUAGAAGAGGAACCUCAGCUUGAUGAGAAUGAGAAAGCUGGAAAGCUUCCAAGAGACAAGGACUCGCUUGUUAUUGGCAUUGAUAGAAGCAUGUUGAGGAAGGUACCUGAACGGAACAAGACACAAGUUGGAGCACGAGUGGACGAGAAUGAUUCACUACUCGAGAUCAUAAGGAGCAAGUCGUUCAACCUGAGACCAGCAGAUGCGUCGGUGAGACCCAAUUUUCAAGUAGCUGUUCCCAAAACCAACUUGAAGGCAAUGGCGGGAAGUGACGAGGACCACGAUUCAGAUAGCUGGAGCGAAUGA